CCGGUGUCCGCGGCCCGAGAGGCUGCAGCUGCAGCGGCGGGGGAGGAGGAGGCAAAAGCAGCGACGGGGCCCGGGAGGGGGGCGGCGUGGGGGGCCGGCGCGUAGCCGGGACUAUGGAGGGGCAGAGCGGCCGCUGCAAGAUCGUGGUGGUAGGGGACGCAGAGUGCGGCAAGACAGCGCUGCUGCAGGUGUUCGCCAAGGACGCCUACCCCGGGAGUUAUGUCCCCACUGUGUUUGAGAACUACACCGCGAGCUUCGAGAUCGACAAGCGCCGCAUUGAGCUCAACAUGUGGGAUACUUCAGGUUCCUCUUACUAUGAUAAUGUCCGUCCUCUGGCCUAUCCUGAUUCUGAUGCUGUGCUCAUCUGCUUCGACAUUAGCCGGCCAGAAACACUGGACAGUGUCCUCAAGAAGUGGCAGGGGGAGACUCAAGAAUUUUGCCCCAAUGCCAAGGUUGUACUGGUUGGCUGUAAACUGGACAUGCGGACAGACCUGGCCACACUGAGAGAGCUAUCAAAGCAGAGGCUUAUCCCUGUUACACAUGAGCAGGGCACUGUGUUGGCCAAGCAGGUGGGGGCUGUGUCCUACGUUGAGUGCUCCUCCCGAUCCUCUGAGCGCAGCGUCAGGGAUGUCUUCCAUGUGGCCACAGUGGCUUCUCUUGGCCGUGGCCAUAGGCAGCUGCGCCGUACUGACUCACGCCGGGGUCUGCAGCGAUCCACUCAGCUCUCAGGACGACCAGACCGGGGGAAUGAGGGGGAGAUACAUAAGGAUCGAGCCAAGAGCUGUAACCUUAUGUGAGGGACUGCAGGGGGGCGGGCAGAGAGUAAGGACAGGUGGUGAGGGGCACAAUUGUUUCCCUGCCUGCACCCAGGCUUCCUGAUCAACUGACCCUGGCUGGGAGGUUAGGGCAGGCAGAGUGAGCAAUUCUUUUGGCCAGAGGAUCUGGAGGGCAGAAGGAUGUCAUCAUUCCCUAAUCCUCAUCCCCUCCUCUCCACUGGAAGUUGUGGGAACUAACAGGUGAGGGAUGGGGCAGGUGGGUGUUAGGGAAGCCAGCAUCAAGCAAUGACCUUGGUUGAGCCUUGUGUAAAAAGGGUACCUUCUCUUCCCACCUCUGGUCCCCAUAACCUCAUCCUGGCUUCUUUCCCUAAGGAAAAUGUCCAUUCAUGACCUUCUCUUUUCCUCUCCUCUCACUUCUACAGCUGUUCUCACACAUUCUAACCUCCAGGCACCAUGCACUAAAUUUUAAAGCAAGGAGAAGCCCCUCCACUUCCAUCACUAGACCCUAGCUCCCCUCCUCCCUUCCCCUCAACAGUCCCCAAAUAAAGCCCAUGUCCAUGGAAAA